AUACAGUUCGCGAGCGAGGGAACAUCUUGACGCUUCAGUGACGUAGGCAGAGAAUGACGUUUCCGUAGCAACUGGGGCCGAUCCGUUAACCGCAUCUGUACUACCGGAGCUCAUCGAGGAGUAGGGGGGGGAUUCUCGUCGGUAACCGGAUACCUACUCUCUAUCUUGUGGGGCGUAGAGACACGGGGCGACGCAGUAUCGAGGCGGCGAACCCGCAGUUCCGUGCGGAGAUGCUGAAUAUGUGGAAAGUCAGAGAGCUGGUGGACAAAGCCACUAAUGUGGUGAUGAACUACUCAGAGAUCGAGUCUAAGGUGAGAGAGGCCACCAAUGACGACCCCUGGGGACCCUCCGGACAAUUGAUGGGAGAAAUAGCCAAAUCUACCUUUAUGUAUGAGCAGUUCCCAGAAGUGAUGAACAUGCUGUGGACCAGGAUGCUAAAGGACAACAAGAAGAACUGGAGACGAGUCUACAAGGCUUUACUGCUGCUGGCUUAUUUGAUCAGGAAUGGGUCUGAAAGAGUUGUCACCAGUGCCAGAGAACACAUCUAUGACCUGCGAUCUUUAGAAAACUACCACUUUAUUGAUGAGAACGGUAAGGAUCAGGGCAUCAAUGUGCGUCAGAAGGUGAAGGAGAUGGUUGAGUUAAUCCAGGACGACGAUAGACUGAGAGAGGAGAGGAAGAAAGCCAAGAAGAACAAAGAUAAAUACAUUGGAGUCUCCUCUGACAGCAUGGAAGGAGGAGGAGGAGGAGGAGGAGGAGGAGGAGGAGGAGGAGGCGUUAAGAACUCUAAUGAGUUGGAUCGGAGUAAGUGGGAUGAGGACUGGGAUAAGAGCAGAGGAGCUUUCCCCUUUAGUGAAAAGCUCGGAGAGAUCAGUGACAAGAUAGGCAGCACCAUCGAUGACACACUCAACAAGUUCAGAAAGAAGGAACGAGAUGACUCACCCGACAGAAUCAGUGACACCGAGGAGGACCGAGCAUCGAGAAACGGCAGGCAGGAAACCCUUGAGUUCAAAGAUGAGGAGGAAACUGUCACAACGAAGAGCAUCCAGAUCACACAAGCAACAGAAACCACAACCACCACCACGCGGAAACGCAGCGGAGCUCCGAGUAGCAAGACUCUGGACCUUGGUGCUGCAGCCCACUACACUGGAGACAGGAGCCCAGAAGAGAAGUCAUCAGUCAGGCAGUCUUCAAGCAGUGGUCUAGCUGAUCUGCUAGUGAUCGACCCUUUAUCCAAUCAGAGCACUGCAACAGGUGGCAGUUCUGACCUCAUUGGUGGCUUUGCUGACUUCUCCUCUCCUGCAGCCUCUGCCAGCCUCCCAACUUCCACUGCUUCUGCACCAUCCAAUGGAAAUGGAGAAUUUGGGGACUGGAAUGCUUUCUCGGCCAAUCCACCAGUUUCGUCUAGCUCCGGUCUCUCCCAGCCCGUCACUGACCUGUUUGGCAACGUCCAGUCACCCACAGCCCCAGUCUCUAAUCCCGCCUCCGCCCUACCUUCUGCCGAGCUGUUUGACCUGAUGGGUGGAGUGAACCAUCAACUAACUAACCCACUUACAACGCUGAGUGCCUCUCAGAGCAUGACUUUCUCUCUGGGAGGAGCAUCUGUUGCUAUGCCAACCAUGCCCCUUUCUCGCUCUCAACAGAGCCUGGGAGGCAUGACAUCUCAGCAGCCCAUAGGACAACAGUCGAAGGUGGGUGUUGGAGGUCCGGGAUCGUUAGGGUCGACCUGGUCCGACCCCUCCGUCAACAUCAGCCUGGACUUCCUAUCAGCAGGCCUCAACCCCACUAAGACACCGCCCACACUCAACAAUAUCAUCCAGCAAACAGCAGUGCCUCCCGUUAACCUGUUGGCCCAGAACUUCGGAGGACUGAACCUCAGCUCCCCGCCCCAUGUGACACCCAUUAGACCACCAGCCAAUCCCAUGACGAUGGGCAUGCCUGCAUCAAUGGCAACUGGCAUGCCUGCUUCCUUGGCAUCGAGUAUGCCCCCUUCAAUGACCACGGGGACAAUGGGGAUGGGGGGAAUUCCUGUAAGCCAAGGCAUGAUGGGAAUGAACAUGAGCAUGAAUAUGGGCAUGGCCACUCCAGUGAUGAUGGGUGGUAUGACAGGCAUGGGAGUGCCAGGAGUAGGAGUGAGCCUAGCACACUCCAUCAACCCAGCCAUGGUUUCACCCAAACAGGAUGCCUUCGCUAACUUUGGCAGUUUUGGGAAAUGAGAGAGUGAGAGAGUGAGUGAGUGAGUGUGUGUGUGUGUGUGUGUGUGUGUGUGUGUGUGUGUGUGUGUGUGUGUGUGUGUGUGUGUGUGUGUGUGUGUGCGUGUGCGUGUGUGUGUGUGUGCACACGUCUGACAUUAUGAGAGUGUGAACCACAGAAGGACUGCUGUACUUGAAGACAACCUUGCAUGUUUCUCUCUCUGCUUCUGUUGUCUUUGGCGAGCUGGCGACAGUGAUCAUUCACCAUCCUAGACUGUUGACUUAAUCUUGGAAGUAGGGGAGAGCACCCAUGGGUGCCUCUCACCAAUUUGAUGUGUGAAAUUUUGUCACACAGAGGACACCUGAAAAGCAGGGAAGGUGUCAACCCACAGCCUCUAGUCAUUACGUUCUUAUGGGGAAAGGUUCCUCAUCUUGUUGUCACCUGUUUUAUAUGUGAACUACAGUAUGUCCCCCUUCAUUACAAAAAUCACUGCAAAAAGAUUCUCUCUGUAAAGGCACAGCUUAUUCAAUCUUGUUUACUCAAAUGAAAAUGGCAUUGCUGCCUAAAUUUUG